AAUAAAUAAUGUAAUACUUUGAGAAUUAUUUACAAUCGAAAGGAGGAUAUGAUUACACGAAUGUUAAGAGGUACAGAUAUGAUUAAUUGAAAUCUAAGAAAUGAAAUAAUGAAGGCUUAAGGAUUCAAAGAAAUGGGAUUUACAAAAACUGGAACAACAAUAGUAGGUGUAAUAUUUGAUGGUGGAGUUGUGAUGGCAGCAGAUACUAGAGCAACUGCAGGAUCAAUAGUUGCAGAUAAAAAUUGUGAGAAAUUGCAUACAUUAGCUCCAAAUAUCUGGGCUGCAGGAGCAGGUACAGCUGCAGAUUUACAUCAUUAAUGUGCUCAUUUUAAUGCUAAAUUAAAACUUUAGAGAUUAAAUUUGAAUAGAUAAAGCAGAGUUAAUGAAGUGAUAACUAAAUUAACAACAAAAUUAUUUCCUUAUAGAGGACAUAUUGGUGUUGCUCUUAUUAUUGGAGGAAUAGAUUGUAAUGGACCAUAAUUAGCUUCAGUAUCUCCUCAUGGAAAGUAAGAUUUUAUUAAAUUAGUUAUGUUUAUCAUCCUUUUUAAUCUAUGGGUAGUGGAUCAUUAGCAGCUUUAGGAAUUCUUGAAGCUAAAUAUUAGGAUGGUCUUACUAAAUAAUAAGCAAUAGAACUUGCUAUUGAGGCUAUUGAAGCUGGUAUAUUCCAUGAUAUGGGGUAUUUUAUUAAUUUUAUUUAUUAGAUCAGGUAGUAACGUUGAUGUUGUUGCUAUUACAAAGGAUGGUGUAGACUAUAAGAGAAAUAUAAGAUCAUACAAUGCUAAAUCCCAUUAAAAAUAAAUACCUUAUGUUUUUCCUAUUAAUAAUACACGUAAUAUUAGUAAUUUGAAUUGUUAGCUGCUUUAAGGAAAUAUCAAUUUGAUAUUGAAAAACAAGAACUAAGUGAGAUUGGAUAAGAGAUGGAAAUAGUUGAGUGAAUUAUU